AUGCCCGAUUCGGGUUGCAAAGCUUCCGAACGAGUCGAUGUUCAUGGCCAAGUAACCAAUGCGAAUUCGCAGUCGGAACCUCUAUCCAGCAUGGAUAAGGAAAUGAAAAAUGAUAUUGUUGAGUUGUACUUAGGCAUAUCAGUUCUAAUGCUGGGUAUAUCGUCAGGCGAGCUGGCGGGCGCAUUUGUUUUCCCAGCUCUUUUAGAAAAAAUUUUUGACGGUUUGAUAGAAGUGAUAGUUUUACUUCUUGUUCCUACAUACGUCUACUUGAACAUCAGAAAAAAUGCUGCUAUGGACGACACGGAACGACGAACAUGUUUAUUCGGUUUUUGCCUAUCCAUAGGAAUUUUGCUGGGACACCUAGUUGGUGGUGCACUGACCAGCGUUGCCCCGUCUGUUUUCUUCAUACCACCGCUAACGCUUAGUCUUUUGACCGUCCACCUUUCCGGCACUGUCGUGAAGAAGUUCGACGAGUCGGCUGUAUUCCUCAUCGAUAUGGAAACUUCGUAG